CAAGUUUAAGUUAUACAUCAUUUGUUUUCUUUCUUUAAAUAAAUUAUCAAUCGUGUUUUCUUGUCGAUAUUUAACUACGAAAAAUGAAUAAAUUCUUUUCUUUUCAAUAUCACAGAUGGAGGGUAUCCACGACAACUUGCCAGUCUAUUAGAGUUAGCUCCAUCUGAAAAGGUAUUUGAAGAGCGACUACGUCUUAUUCGUUCACUUACUCCGAUUGGUCGUGAAGCUGCCAAUGCAAUUGAACAAUUGGUUUCUGAACAACGUCAAAUGAUACAGGGGUGGUGUGUUGCAUUGGCUAAUUUAGCCGAAGUAGCGGCAGAUACAAAUAAGCGUUUGUUGUUUGCAACAAGUCGAUUAGUUCAAUUUGAAGGAUGUGUAUCAGAUUGGGAACGAAAAUUGUACAACUUCAACGAAUUAAAAAAGGAAUUAUCAGAAUUGCCGUUACCACCGCAGUUGGUAGCUGGAACUAGUGAAAUCUUUGAUCAGAAAGAAUCGUUCAAUUUUAACAAUAUUCCUAAACCAACAAAUUUAUACGAAUGGGUUUGUUUACAAUCUGCUAUAUCUAGCGUCGGGACGCGUUAUUCCUUACCAUCGUCAACAAUUAAAGCUGUUGGUUUACAAACGAUUGCAUUAUAUCUUGGUCGACAUGCCGGUGUUGCUAGUGGUAGUACUGGACGUGUUCGUACAACAAGUACUGGUCAUAUUGGUGUCGUCAGUGGUGCUAAUGAUGGUAUUAUGUCAAAUAAUUCAGGAUCCAGUUGUAUUGGAUCAAAUCAACCUACUGGAGUUUCUUUUUAUACUGGUGGUUCUCAAACUAGCUUGAAUAGUUUAGGUUCUACAAAUUCAACAAAUUCCUCAGAUAUACGUUUCAUCAUGGAUCAUCAUCAAUAUUCCAUCACCAAAGAUGGUAACGAUACAAAUGUACAGGAUCCUUCUUCUUCUUCAGCACCUGAUUGUUAUGAGUCAGCGUUUUUAGAUAUAAUUAAACGUGCAUUACAUGAUAUACAUUCGUUACGAUUUGGUCCAGAUUCACCAUUCAAUUUUAAUGCUAAACCACCGGAUAAUUUCAGUAGUGAAUUAGUUUAUGUCAGAGCACAAACAAAUCGUUUAUGUGAACUGAUUACAAUGGUUACUAAUUGUUCAAAAUCAAAUUAUGAUGAAAUGACUACUUCUACUAUGCCUCAUCCUUCGACGAAAUCAUCAUCCAACAUUUCCACUACUAAUCUUGUGACUGGACUAAAUACUGCAAUGUCUAGUUCGAAAGAUAUUUCUGUUGAUUCAUUGAACAUUGGUAUUACAUCAAAUGAUUUCAAUGGAGCAGUGAAUAAAAGAGAAAUCCCACGGUGCACAUCAUCGUCAACUUUAUUCCCAUCGAAAUUGUCAUAUAAUGAUGGUGUAGAUGUUAUACACUUGAUCAGUGUACAUGAUGCGUUAGAUCCAGGUUAUUUCAGUCAACGUCUUUCACAACUUGACCCAUUAUUGUGUGAAGCUGUAGAUCUAGCCAGAAAAAUGAUUGGAAUCGAACAGAAUUCUAUAAAAACUUUUCAACAGAUAAUUCAACAAAAAGUUAAUUCAUUAUUACAGACGAAAUUUAUAGAAAAUACACAAAAUUCACAAGAAUUAAUUAUUGCAUUCAAUCGUCUUUGUGAAAUUCUCGGUAUUGUUAUGGAGAGUAAACUUUACUGGCUAAUAAUUUGUUUGAUCGUCAACGUUGGCUACAAAAUUUCCAAUCAGAAUUAA